AUGGAAAUCGCGUCCUACAUCCAGGGCUCUUCCGAGUCCCGAGCCCCCGCCAACUCGAGCUCCAAGCGACGAAUCAUUCUCAAUGCCUUCAUGCAAAACACCCCCAACCAUCUUGCGCCGGGGCUGUGGCGUCAUCCCGAGAGCUCAGCCUCAAAGAUCAACACUCUGAGCUACUGGACCGACCUCAUCCAAGAGCUGGAGGCCGCCAAGUUCCACGCCGUCUUUCUGGCCGAUGUCGCCGGCGUCUAUGACGUGUAUCAGGGCAACAUGGAGACAGCGGUUCGUUCGGCCUCCCAGUUCCCCGAUAACGAUCCUCUAUAUCUGGUUCCUGCCAUGGCGGCUGUGACCAAGUCGAUUGGUUUUGCAAUCACCUCCUCCACCACCUAUGACCACCCCUACGGCCUCGCCCGUCGAUACUCUACCGUGGACCAUCUCUCCGACGGCCGGCUGGGCUGGAAUGUCGUCACUUCGUAUCUCGAAAGCGGAGCACAGAACCACGGUCUAGACACCCAACUGCCCCACGAUGAGCGGUACGCUGUGGCCGAAGAGUACAUGGACGUGGUGUACAAGCUGUGGGAGGCCUCGUGGAGAGACGACGCGGUCAAGUUGGACAAGCAAACCAACACCUAUACCGACCCCAACCUCGUCAAGUACAUUGACCAUAAGGGCAAGUAUUUCCCAUCAGUUCCCGGUCCUCAUAUUGUCGAGCCAUCCAAGCAACGCACUCCGGUCAUUUUUCAGGCCGGCAUGUCUUCUGCCGGACGCAAGUUCGCCGCCAAACACGCCGAGGGCAUUUUUAUCACUGGCAACUCGCCGCAAGCAACCCGUAAGACCGCUGACGAGAUGCGACGUCUGGCGGCCGAGUUCGGGCGGGCUCCCGAGUCGGUCAAGCUAUUUGCUCUUGUUUUCAUCUGCGUCGACGAGACCCAGGAGAAGGCCGAGGCCAAGUAUGAGGAGCUCAAGCAAUAUGUGGAUCUGGAGGGAGCCCUGGUGCUGUUUGGCGGCUGGUUUGGGCUUGACGUGUCUGUUUACGACGACGAGCAGGAUCUGCGCCACGUCUCCGACAACAAGGUGCUUGCUGGAGCUGUUUCAGCCUGGGCAAACACCUCCCGAGUCGGGCCCGACGUGUUGUGGAACAAAUGGAGGGUGGCUGAGGAGUUUGCGUUUGGAGGACGAGGAGACGUGAUUGUUGGCGACCCUAAGACGGUGUGUGACCGGCUGGAGAGCUGGGUGGAAGACGGUGAUGUGGAUGGCUUCAAUCUCGUGCACGCCAUUGUACCGGGCACCUACAGAGACAUUGCCAAGUGGGUGAUUCCCGAGCUGCAGCGGCGAGACCGGUUCUGGGCCGACUACGACGUGCCUGGAGGGACGCUCCGGGAGAAUCUCUUUGGACGGGCCAAGAUCUUCCCCGACCACCCUGCCGGACAGUACAAGUGGGAAGAGGGGGAGUUUCCCUUGACCAAGAGUGACAAGAGUGAGAACGGCAAUGGAGUCAAUGGAGAUGAGCCCGCUACUAAGAAACAAAAAAUCUGA